AUGAAUGAUAAUGUUCUAGAGGAAUAUGAAUAACUUGAAUUGGAUAGUGAAUCUCAUGAUUCUAAAUUAUUGCCUUAGCCUUAAUAAUAUGUAUAAGAGACAUUAGAAGAUAUAAUCAAAUAAUAACCUAUAUUUUUUGAAUAAGAAAUUCAAUAAGGAAAUUUUAAUGUAUUAAUAUUACACACUCCAGAAAAUUUAGAUGAAUUAGAUUCAACAGGAUAUGCAUUAAUUCAUCAUGCAAUUUCGUUUGAAAGAUUGGAUAUUAUUAGAUACUUACUUUUGAAGGGUGCAAAUCCAUUAAUCAAAUCUUAAAUUUAAUAAAGUUGUUUGAUGAUGGCUUGUCAUUUUGGAAAUUAAGAGUUGGUUAGACUCUUUAUUGAUUUAGGAAAUAAAAUAAAUGAGUAAGAUAAUUUAUAAUUUACACCUUUACUUUAUGCAAUAAAAUGUAAUUAAUAAUUGAUUGCCCUUUAUUUAAUAGCUUUAUAAGCUAAUACAGAUGUUAAGGAUAAUGCUGGGUGCACAAUUAUGCAUUGGGCUGCCUAUACAAAUGAUGUUUAUAUGUUAAAAUAUUUUGAAGGAGAUAAGUCUUAUAAUUAAUUGGAUUCUAAGGGUAAAACUCCUUUGAUUAGAGCAAUCUCAAAUUAUUCUAAUGAUACAGUUGAAUAUCUACUAAGAACAUAUCCAGAUAUUAUGCCAAAUUAUGAAACUGAUUUAAAAACCUAAGCAAUAAAAAAAAUAGUAGAAACUAUUUAAUUUUAAGAAUUCAUAAAACAUCAUAACACAAAAUUAAUUCAAUAUAUAGUUAUUGGUAUAUCCUAUUUAAUUAUUGGAUUUCUCGUUGCAUGUAAUUUUUGGAGAUUAAAAAGUGAUGAUACUUAUGGUUAUUGCAUUUCUUCAAUAUCUUUAUUUCUAACAUUAAUCAGCUUAUGUUAUUGCAUUUUUUUUUUAUCUAAAAGUACUAAUAGACAAGAAGAAGGCAAAAGGAUAUCAAAAAAUUUAGGACAUUCUAAAAUAAGUUAUGAAUUUCAUCUCAAUAAUGGAGAACAUAGACAUCAUAUUUUAGAAGAGGAAAUAAAUCUAGAUUAUAUAUAAGAUGAUUUGGAAAAUAGAAAUUCAUAAAAUCUAUCAGAAUUAUUAAGAGCAGUAAAAUUGUAUUUUGAAAAAGAUGAAUAAUUUAUGAAUUUUGAUAUAUCUAGGACUUGUUCUAAAUGUAAAAUAAUCUAAAAAGCAUAAGUUUAUCAUUGUGAACAUUGUAAUACAUGUGUAAAUAAUUAUAUCAUUUAUUUAGGUAAAAGGAUUUUAAUUUCACUCUCUAUAUUUAAAUAAAUGUAUUAAUAAUACUAAUCAUUUAUUUUAUGUGAUAUUAUUGUUAAUAUACUUUCUAACUUUUAUAUCUAAUGUUUACUCAACUUAUUAUACAAUAUCGAAUAAUCAAAUAAGUAUUACAUUAUUCUUUUUCAUGCCAAUUUUUUCAAAUUUUAUUAGUAUAAUCGAAUUAAUAGCAUAUUAUGGGAUGAUUUUUGGAAUAUAUGUCACAUCAAUUAAUUUAAUAAUAUAAGUAAUUCUUAUUUCAAUAUUUAGAUGGCAUGUAUCUUUUCCAAUUUAACUGAGCAUGAAUUAAUGAAUUCUGAAUAAUACAAAUAUCUUUACGAACUUGUAUUAAUUUAAGAAUUUUAUUAUAUGAAACUAAGAAAAAUUGGAAAUAUAUUCUAAAACAUUAAAACUUAAAUAUGGAAUCAAUUUAAUGAAUUAAGAAUCUUAUGA